AUGAGGUCGCACGCGGCGGACCUGGAGAUCAAGCAUAAUCGUGGGAGGGCGUCGGCCAGUUGCAGUCCCAUCUCCACCAGCAGCCUCCCCCUCCUGAGACUCAGGAUUGGUGGGCUCAGCAACAGUUUCUACCGAAGCCUGGGGAGGCUGAGCCUCUUCAUCAUUAGGGCUCUGCCGGGCAGAGAUGUGUUGUCGAGUCCGAGAACUUCCCUCAUCCUGAGCUAUAGGUGGAUUGGCAUUACUGGAAUUUGA